GUGAGUUUCAUUCAGUUUCCCGUUUGAUUCAUUCAUUGAUCUCAAUCUCAAUCUCAAUCUCAAUCUCAAUCGAGGUUAUUUAUUGAUUUGCGAUUGAAUUUUAGGGUUCUUGAAAUGGCAUCGAGUAUUUUGAAGAACCUCGUCAAAUUUUCAUCAUCGACGGCGACGACCACCGCAACCAGAAGUUUCAGCCUCGUAACCACACAAAUCAGCAACCAUACUGCCAAAUGGAUGCAGGACACCAGCAAGAAAUCUCCAAUGGAGCUGAUCAAUGAAGUACCACCUAUUAAGGUUGAAGGCAGGAUAGUUGCUUGUGAAGGAGAUACUGAUCCCGCCCUUGGACACCCAAUUGAAUAUAUAUGCCUUGACUUGGCCCAGCCAGCUGUCUGCAAAUAUUGUGGCCUACGUUAUGUUCAGGAUCACAACCAUUAAGACAUGCUGCUGUCUACAAGUCAUCUGUUGUGUAUUUAGGAAAUUGCUGCUGAACAACAUUAAUGUGUUUUUGGUGUUCUCCGACUAAAUCAUUUGAUGUGACAAAUGUACUUGUCUGUUAAAAUUUGCUAAAUAAGAAUAUGACAAUUGUUCAUGUUACCAUCUGAUACAAUUGUUACAUUGCAUGUGCAGAGCCGGUAAUUUGUCUGAAGCUGGAGGUAUAGCUUCAUUGAGCGAUAUUUUAUAUAAAUAUUUCAUAGUUUGCAA